CAGCACGUGAAAUGAGUGGAAGAGGCAAAACCGGCGGCAAGGCCAGAGCAAAGGCAAAGACUCGUUCAUCCAGAGCUGGACUCCAGUUCCCCGUGGGCCGUGUGCACAGGCUGCUGCGUAAAGGCAAUUAUGCUCAGCGCGUCGGCGCUGGUGCACCGGUCUACUUGGCUGCCGUGCUCGAGUACUUGACUGCUGAGAUCUUAGAGUUAGCCGGUAACGCUGCUCGUGACAACAAGAAGACUCGUAUCAUUCCCCGCCAUCUGCAGCUGGCUGUUCGUAAUGACGAGGAGUUGAACAAACUGCUCGGUGGAGUGACCAUUGCUCAGGGUGGUGUGCUGCCUAACAUCCAGGCUGUGCUGCUGCCCAAGAAGACCGAGAAGUCCAAGUAAAUCUGCCCUCUCCAAGUCUCCAAAACAAAGGCUCUUUUAAGAGCCACUCAAAUACCCAUAGAAAAACAAAUUCCAUAUAGUUUUUUUCAUCAAUUUCUGCAAAUUCGACCACUUACACAAGCAGUUGAAAAAAAAAUAGAACCCUUUUUCUCUCGGAACCUGACCACUCUUCCCACUCAAAAUGUCUCGCACUAAGUCGCUG